AGACGCAGUUGUGAUUCGAACGCGAAAGGAACCAACCGAGAUUACCGAGUGUCCUGCAAACAGGACUAACUUCUGCCGAAACAUGUUGCGCCUCCUGCUGCUGCCCCUCUUCCUCUUCACGCUCUCCAUGUGCAUGGGCCAGACCUUCCAGUACUCCCGCGGAUGGACCAACGGCAAGAGGUCCUUUAACGCCGCAUCUCCCCUCCUGGCCAACGGCCAUCUCCAUCGGGCCAGCGAGCUGGGACUCACGGAUCUCUACGAUUUGCAGGAUUGGAGCAGCGAUCGUAGGCUCGAGCGCUGUCUAUCGCAGCUCCAACGUUCACUGAUUGCCAGAAACUGUGUCCCCGGUUCGGACUUCAAUGCCAACCGAGUAGAUCCGGAUCCCGAAAACAGCGCCCAUCCCAGACUGAGCAACUCUAAUGGCGAGAAUGUUUUGUACUCAAGUGCCAAUAUCCCCAACAGACAUCGCCAGUCCAACGAACUCCUAGAAGAGCUGAGUGCCGCUGGAGGAGCAUCCGCCGAACCCAAUGUGUUUGGAAAACAUUAGCCACUAUCCGUUCAAUGUGAAAUCUAUUGUAAACUAGCAAAAAAUGCUACAAAAAUGUAAAAAAAAUUGUUGUAAACGGUUAAUAAAACACAGGAUUUUUAUGAAUU